CGGUGAACCUCCGGCCGCGCGGUGUCGCUGUGCGCUGAGCGGGAAACUCUUUGUUUAUCUUAAAAAACAACAUGGAGGACGAGCUGGAUGUUGAUAUCGAGGGAGAGGAGUUUGACAGCAAUAUGAGUGAGCUGCAGGGAGCAGGUCUGAUCCAGGAACAGUUCUUACAGUCGGCAUGGAAGAGCAGUGCCGGAGUGCUGCCGUGGGAGCUGGACUCCUCCAUCAGCCCGGAGAACAGAGAGGUGAUCGAGAAGAUGCUGCUGGAGGAACAAUACUACCUGACAGGUGAGAAGGUUCAGGAUCACAUCUGGGAGAGUGGUACAAACAGCAAGUCCAAAGUGAAGAGGUCCCCAGCAAAGUCAUCGACCUCAGGAUUCUCAUCCCGCUGGACCAAACAGGAGAGAGAGCUGUUUGAGGAGGGGCUGGCUCAGUUUGGUCGAAGAUGGACCAAGAUCUCAAAGCUGUUGGGGAGCCGCUCCGUCCUUCAGGUCAAGAGUUACGCCCGACAGUACUUCAAACACAAGGCUAAGUCUGAGCCGAGAGCUGCCGCGCCCCCUGCUGGUCCUGCCCCGCCCCUGCAGCCUCCUCAGCCCUCCUCCAGUCAGCCUCCCACUCUGACCAACACUGUGAAGAUAGAGAGACUGUCAGACGAGGAGAACGAGGAGGUGGACAUCACUGACGACCUGAGUGAUGAAGGAGACGUAGAGUCCUGUGCACCAGAGCAGUCGACAGAGACCAAGACCCACACAGACCCCCUGAAAGAGGAGCAGACUGAACCAGGUCUGACUGAGACUGAGGACCAGAGCAGCACCUUGUCUCCAAGUCUUGGGUCAAACACUGGGGGGACGGGGGUGAGGAGGGGGACUGAUCAGAGAGGGCCAGUCCCUCCGGAUCCUCCUCAGAUAGGAGCUAAGAUGGACUCGGAGCAUGAGGACCAGAGAUCUGAGUCUGAGGGUCCAGCACAGACCAGUCAGCUGGAGGAGACCUACAGUGACGGAUCAGAUCCUGCAGAGCGGAAGGAGCCAGAAGAGGAGGACCAGCAUGAGGAAGAGGAGGAGGAGGAAGAGGAGCUGAAGGCCCCUGAGCAGGAGGUGGAGAUGGACCUGGAGACCAUCAGUGAGGAAGAGAAACAAGCGAUCUCUGAGUUCUUUGAGGGCCGACCGUCCAAGACCCCGGAAAGAUACCUGAAGAUCCGAAACUACAUCCUGGACCAGUGGAUGAAGAGCAGACCCAGAUACCUGAACAAGACCUCAGUCCGGCCCGGUCUGAAGAACUGUGGAGACGUGAACUGCAUCGGGAGGAUCCACACCUACCUGGAGCUGAUCGGAGCCAUCAACUACGGCUGUGAGCAAGCGGUCUACAACCGUCCCCGGGUGGUGGACCGGUCCCGGCAGAAGAUAGGCAGGGAUGUGAUGGAGGCGUACCAGCUGGCUCAGAGGCUGCAAAGCAUGCGGACCAGGAAGCGGCGUGUGAGGGACACGUGGGGGAACUGGCGUGACGCUAAAGACCUGGAGGGACAGACGUUUGAGCACCUCAGUGCCGAGGAGCUCGCUCAGAGGAGAGAGGCGAUGAAGAACCGACCCAAACCCUGCAGGAGCUCCAGAUCCAGAGAGUCUGUGGACCCGUUCCAGCUGAUCCCCUGCAGGACCUUUGGAGAGGAUGUUCAGGAACCGUUCCAGGUGAUCGUCUGUGCUGAGACUCUCCUUAUCAUGGACAUGCACGCUCACGUGUCGCGAGGAGAAGUCAUCGGCCUGCUGGGAGGAACCUUCAACGAGGAGGAGAAAGUGUUGAAGAUCCGUGCAGCAGAGCCGUGUAACAGUGUGAGCACAGGUCUGCAGUGUGAGAUGGACCCCCUGUCUCAAACUCAGGCCUGUGACGUGCUCUCCUCUCUGGGCCUCAGCGUGGUGGGCUGGUACCACUCUCACCCGUCCUUCCACCCAAACCCGUCAGUGAGAGACAUCGACACCCAGGACCAGUUCCAGAGUUAUUUCUCUCGUGGUGGAGCGCCCUUCCUCGGGAUGAUCCUGAGUCCGUAUGACCCGGCUAACCGUUCCCCACACUCACAAACCACCUGCCUGUUAGUGAGAGAGAGCACGGAGCCCUCGGGCCCACAGAAGCUGCCGUACAGGUUCGACUUCCUGUCCUCCUCAGACCGUCCGGACUGGGAUCAGACGAUGAGGAGAGCUCAGUGGAUCAUUAACAAAUACUGUCAGGCACCCGGGAGCGUGCAGAUGGACAGAUUCUUCCGGAAAGACUCCCACCUCACCUGCCUGGAGAAGAUGCUGUCAUCUCUGGCAAGGUACCUAGAGCCCCUGCCGGAUGAGGAGGGAGACCCCUUCCUCACGCAGAUCCAGGCUCUGUUCCUGUCUGACUUUAUUUCCAAACAGCAGCAGGAGGAGGAGGAGGAAGAAGAAGAAGAAGAGGAGGAAGAUGAAGAAGAAGAGGGAGAACCUUGGAGUACCUUCCAGAGACCGGUGGACUCAGCUGAGCAGGGUUUUGAUCAGCUGAGUGCAGAGCGCCCCCUGCAGGGAGGACAAGACUCUGGUGAGGAUGCUUCAGUCGGUGAGGUGAAGCCGACGGAGAGCAGCGUGGUGUUACACCUGGGCUCUGUGCUGUCCUCCGAACACGACUAUCUACUCUGAUCCAGGACCGGUUAGAAGAUCGGACUACAUACUCUAAUCAUUACUUUAUGUUCAUAAGUACUUUAUACCAGUGUUACCAGCAAACAGAGUUACUCUCUUUAUCACUUUAUUUUUUUAUUCCUCACCAAAAACUCAGACUGAACCUCUUCAUGUUAGAGUGUGCAUGUGCGUGUGUAUGUGUGUGUAUGCAUGUGUGUGUGGUAGCGUGUGUGUGAGUGAAAGAGAAAAUAAGAACGUCUGUGUUGUCUAGAAAAAAUGCUGUUUUGUUUUAAAGAGGAAAUAAAAACAUAUUUUCAUACC